AUAGCUCUAAGGUGUUUGAGUCUGUGUGGGUGUGUGUGUGUGUGUGUGUGUUUCUCUCUAUAUAAAGCCCUGCCGCAUUGUCAGACUGCUCUGCUCCUGCCUCAGACCCACACACAACACACUACAAGUAACCAUGACUCAGCAACCAGUCAGUCUUCCUGCGAAGCUCAUUAACGGAGGUGUAGCAGGGAUGGUCGGAGUCACGUGUGUGUUCCCCAUUGAUUUGGCCAAGACGAGACUUCAGAAUCAACGCAGCAGCCAGCAAGUGUACAAAAACAUGAUGGACUGUCUGAUCAAGACGGUUCGGUCUGAAGGCUAUUUCGGCAUGUAUAGAGGAGCAGCAGUCAAUCUCACCCUGGUGACCCCUGAAAAGGCCAUUAAACUAGCCGCUAAUGACUUUUUCCGUCAUCAGUUCAGCAAGGGAGACUCCAGAUUGAGUGUAUUUAAAGAGAUGCUGGCAGGAUGUGGAGCAGGAGUGUGUCAGGUGAUCAUAACCACGCCCAUGGAGAUGCUCAAAAUUCAACUUCAAGAUGCAGGAAGACUUGUGGCUCAGAGGAACGUAGCUGUGAUCCCAGCUCUGAAGCUCGGAGCAGGGAGUACGGUCAUAAACUGUACCUACAGCUUUGGACCAACCACGCACAUUAGAAGAACCUCGGCCAUACAGAUCACACAGGAAUUACUGCGCACUCGAGGCAUUCAGGGACUUUAUAAAGGACUUGGAGCCACACUAAUGAGGGAUAUUCCAUUUUCUGUCGUCUACUUCCCCCUGUUUGCUCACCUGAACCAGUUGGGAAAACCAUCCGAGGCUGAAAAUGCGCCAUUUUAUUGGAACUUUGCUUCAGGCUGUGGUGCUGGAUGUGUAGCCGCUAUUGCAGUCAGUCCCUGUGAUGUGGUGAAGACGAGGUUGCAGUCUCUCACUAAAGGCACACAAGAGGAGACGUACAGCGGUGUGAUGGACUGUGUCAGUAAGAUCAUUCGUAAAGAAGGCCCCGCUGCUUUGAUGAAGGGCGCCGGCUGCAGAGCGCUCGUCAUUGCGCCGUUAUUUGGCAUUGCACAGGUCAUGUAUUUCAUCGGCGUUGGAGAAUUCGUUCUUGGACAGUUUCCUAACUUCAGAAUCUAAAUGACAUGAACUCAGACAUUGGAACCAUAUGAGCAUUAAAGAAAAAGUCUCUAAGGCAGCUACACUGUAACCGUUUGUAGAAUGACAUGGUGUGAGUUGGAGAUUUUCUAUGGAAAUGCUAACAUUAGCAUCUUACAGGUGGCUUUAUUAAGAAGCAAUGACAAUGUUGUUGAUUUUUUUAACAUUUUAAAACAAAAUAUCUCUGAUUUCCCUCAGUGAGGGAAGGGAUGCCUGAGAGUACUGUUAUUAAUACGCCCUUAUCAACUUCCCCUCACAAAAUAUAUAUUCUUUAAACUUUAACUAUACUGCUGCACUUAGCACUGGCUGUUUAGCUGGAAGUUAUGCUUCAGAAUCUAUAGUGAGGUAGAUUUGAUCCCUCAUCUAAAGAACUUCACUGCCCAGCCUGACGGAUGUGGAAAAGGGAAGUUGAUAAGGGAAUAUUAAACACCCUACUGACCCAAAGCCCCAUUGUUCUACUCGCCUGCCUGGCCCAGUUUGACUGAGACUUCAGAGAGGAAACCUUUAUUAUCAGUGGGCAGCCUUGGACAAUCCUGUUUAAAGUCUUAUGACCAUUUUCACUAGUGUGGUUAUGCUACCUUAAUGAUAAUGAAAUGAUAAUGAAUGAUAAUGAAGAUAAUGAAAGCUCAGAUAAAUUCAGAUAAAAUCAGAUUUCAGAUAAAUAAUAUUAAUAAUUAUUAUUAUUAUAAUAAUAUUAAUCAAUUCAGAAAAAAUAAUACUAAUUUUUGAAUAGGACUUGCGAUUUUUAUAUUGUUUCAGACCAAGUCAAAUUAAAAGAUGCAUAAUAUAGAAGCUUCUGAGUGGCACAAAAGAAAAGCAUCAUGAUACUGUGAGUUUGGAUCCAGAUCUUGCCAUUGCCAUCCAUGGCCAGGAGUAAAGCCUUAAUCUCUCACCUACGUAUAUCCAUCACAGCGACACUAGCCAAUUGUAGAUACCUGUGUGUUAAAGGAUGAGUAAGAGGGCAGAUAGCACUUCUCUCUGAGUGUGAUACACUGCCCUGUGACACAUCAUGUACUGUAAAUAAAGACGCAAUGGACUGGCUUGUGUAUCAGAGGAAGUACAUCAGAUGAAGUUAUCUGUCAGCCUUCCUGGUUGUUAGUUGUCGUAGAUGGCUGGUGUGGUGGAUGGGACUUGGCAGGUGACCAAACAAAUGUAUAAGUAGAAAAAUUUUACAGUGUUAAUCAGUGACAUACCUCAGAAUCAUACAGUUGAUUCAAAAGUCUGAAUUAACCAACCAAUCAAGUGCCCCAUUUCCACCAAGGCAGUUUGAGUGCUGGUUCAGAGCAAGAGCCUAAUUUAAAAUCAGUUCUUUCUUUUUCGACACCCAAAGCACCGGCUCUGAACCAGGAAAAGUGGUUCUUUGGUAGCAAAACAUUGCUGGUCUAGACUUAAGAACCGCUUGCGUCAGGGGCUGGGGGCGGGGUUACUGUGACGAACAAGACAAAAGAGAACAUUGUUAGCGCCAUUUUUAAAUCAUUUUAAAUCAGGAUUUGCCGCGUUUGGAUGCCUAUGUAGGUUCGCAAAGCCAUGACAUUAACAGUAACAGUAAAGCAACAUCCGCCAUUGUUGAUGUUGUGUUUGCCGCUGCUGCGCUAAUGUUGCUGUAUAACGUUGUAUACAGUGACGUAAGACUUGGCACUGUGAUGGCUCUCUAGCCCAUGGAAAACCGGUUCUUAGAAGGCUCGCCAGUGGAACCAACUUCGAACCAGCACUCUGAACCUGCACUCUGUUCUUUCUAGUGGAAAGGGGGCAUAUGUGCACUACAGACAAUCCUGUGUAUUCAAAACUCCUUUUCUAAUAUGGGACAGAAUAAACAAACAGAAUGCCAUUGAAGCAUACGUUUUUGUGAAGAUGUAAAUAAAAAACUAAAAUGAUAACCA